AUGGAAAUCAAGGAUGAAAUUGAUUAUUUUGUAGAAAAUGUUAAUAAACAGAUAGAUGAUUUUAAAGAAUUUGUUAGCUCUAAACUUAAAGAAUCUUGUGAAGUAAAAGAAGCGAAGUCUUUAAUGAAAAUGUUAAACACAAAAAUAUCUGAAUUAGAAUUAAAACUUAAUAAAUUAACAAAAGUUUAUGUUGAGGAGUUAUUUAAAAUUAAAAGUUUAAAUAAUAUACUUUAUCGGUUGAAAGAUUUUAUUUCAAACAAAAAGUCUGAAAUUGGAAACAAAAUAAUAGAUGAAGGUGGAAUGAAAUCAUUAUGUUCAGAAAUUUUCGGAUUAAUAAUUGACAGAUUAAAAAUUACUGGACAUAUAGGAAAUGAAAAAAUUAUGGAGUGCUUAUUUGAUGAAAAUGGAGAAUUUAAAAAAGAGAUAGCUAAAAGUAUUCAUACAAAUAAAGAUUUAAAAAGGAAUAUUAUUGAACCUUUAGUGCAAAAUUUCAUUAAAAUAAUUGAAGAGAUAGAAAUUAAAUAUGUAUUGUCAGUGAAAGAUUAUAUUGAAUUUAUUAAAAAGUUAUGGAUAAGUAAAAGUGCAGGAUUUGAGAAAGUUCUUAAACGUGAACUAAUUAAUAAUGGAUAUGACAAAGAUCAUUCUCAAAAUGUAGUACAAUCAUAUUUUAAAGAUAGAAAUUUUGCUGAACUUGAUGAAGAGCUGACAAAAGAUUUUUUUGAACAAUUAACUAAAUUGAAAGAGUUUGAAAAUGAUCAAAAUCAAUGGAAGUCCAAAAUUAAAGAAUUAAUGAUUCAUUUUGAUAAACGAUUAAUAAUGGUUACCGAUUUUUUAAUAUCUUUGAAUAAUUUUCACCGUAUGCACGAUCCAAAGAAAAUUAUUGAAAAAAUCAAAGAAAAUAUCGGGUAUCCAUGUGAUGUUCAAAAAGCUGAUCAAAAUAUUUAUGAUGAAUUCAUUUAUGGAUAUGUUUCAUAUGUUAAAAAUAGCAAUGAAAACUUUUUAAAAUAUGGCACAGCAUUAUUAAUAUUUGCCAUUGAAGCACAUGAUACAGAUUUAAUAGACAGCAUUUUAUUGGUUAUCUACCAAUGA